AAGCGGAGUCUCACACAGAGAGAGAGAAAGAGAGAGAGAAGAUGAAUGGUCAAACUUAACAGGUGGCGACCGUCAAUGGUGGAUAAACUCCUUCUCUCUCUGUCUCUCUGUCUUUCUCUCUCUGUGGGGUUGAAGGAUUUUUGCAGAUCUUUUGCGGUUUCGUUUGGUGGAAAAGCUGACGAGGAGCAGAAGUUUCGGAUUGGAGGAGGGUCGUUUCAGAGGUCGGCGGGAGGACUGCAAUGGCUGAAUAUCCACGUGUACCCGAAUUUGGCAACUGGGAAGGUGGAAAUCAUGUUCCAUACACAGUUUACUUCGAAAAAGCCAGGAAGGGUCGGAGUGGAACUAGAAUGAUCAAUCCAAACGAUCCAGAGGAAAACCCAGAUUUACUGUCAGACGCAGGAGCUCCACCUGAAGCCCCUGCUUCUAGAGCUGAAGCUGAAUAUGAGGAACCUAAACGAGAGGGAGUGGUCAGGACUGUGCAUGAGCGCAAAAUGAGCAAUGAGGAUGGGAGUCUUACACAGGUUUCGGACCAAUCUGACCACAAAAAUAACUCGAGCAGCUUGCAUUCUAACGAGUCAAAGCAUCAAGCGCACGGAGUGCGUGGAGCAAGUUACGGUGAACCUCCAAGGAGGCCGGCUAGAACAAGUGCUGGGGGGGAUCAUAGCUUUGAGAAGUCGCCGAUGCACCCCCAGGCAAGGAUCUCAGGAAGGGGGAGUGGUUCGCCCUCCUGGGAGGGAAGGGGUUCACGUGAAGGCAGCCAUGCCAUGGGCACGCCGGGGAGAUCCCGCCUGGGUUCUUCUGCUAAAGGAGACGACCUCGUUGACAGUGGUGCUGCUGUUCCAAAAUUUGGCGAGUGGGACGAGAGCGACCCGGCGUCGGCCGAUGGAUACACACACAUCUUUAACAAAGUCCGGGAGGAGAGGCAGGGGGGAGCACGUACGGGACCAGACAUGUACCCUCGGUCACCUUAUGCUGGUGCGGGUAGUAAAACUGCUGGCAACAACUCAAAGGGUUGCUGCUGCUUUCCAUGGCCCAGAAAGUGAGGUCCUCCGAAUCAUAGCAUGAAUAUGCGAGUAUUUUAUGGAAGUGUGUAUUUGGUGAAUUCUGCAGAUGGACUCCUUUGAAGCCAAUUCGUUACUGAUCCACCUAUUGUGCUUCUUCUUUCCGAACCGGCGGAGUUCUCCGUAAGGCAGGAAGAACAUGUAAUUCUUUUUCCUUUAGAUCUUCAAGCGUUGUCAGUGUCGUUACUUACUGUGCACGUAAUUAAGUUCCAAUUUUGUGAUAAAAAGGGGAAUGGUUCUCCAACUCUGGGAAUUUCUUCCCUCCUAUCUGGACCAGUUCUCUAUCAUUUGUUCCGAACUUUGCCUUAUGGCCGUUUUGCCAAAUCACAGCAACUGUAAUUUCCAUAGAAUCCUUGCAAGAAAAAGCUACAGCUAGUGAACAAGGGACAGGAGUUCUUGUUUUGUCA